GCUUACCGAAGAGAAAUCCCGACAACCCCGGGCCCUUAUCAAAGGGAAGCCGCUAGUACAGGUGUCGAGGAUGCCCGAUUCUUCCGAACCCCCUCGAACCAUGUAUGGAGCUGCCCCGCUGCUACCACGAUACCUGGACAACCGCUCGUUCUGCGAUGCUACAAAAUUACGGCCCCGAUCGCUUCUCACCAUGGAAAAGGACGUACGAUUACUACGCCUAGGAGCGAAAACACAGGCUUCAGAACUCCCUGGGUACCCCGAAGCCUCGCUAUUCGAGAUUGGGAUAAAAAUCGCCGAGAAGCUGGUGGACCCUCGGGACAUUGAGGACGGGAUAACCCCUAAAGAAUACGUGGCCAUCCGAGAAGAAGAGGCUCAAAUGGUGGCCACCAUAUUCUCGUGGUGGUCGGAUAACUAUUUUCUCGCUUCCCCACCGCUCCGGGACACGAAAGCGAUACACACUAAACACGUGUCGGUCAUCAUUCACGGACAACCCUACGAAUUACACAUGCGGGAAUGUGUGCCCGACAAAACUCACCAACUAAUUGCGGAUAUUCUCACCGAGUAUCGGGACACCAUUAGCGUCAAGGACGCACAUAUCGGAUUAUCCGUGAUCAUACAGCGCGAGAUUCGAACCGAUAACCACCCACCGAUCCACUGCAAGCUUUACCGUCAAGGUUGUCAGACAUACAGCAUGCUAGCUGACGAAGCAGAGUCGAUGGGAGAGCUUGAGCAGAGCAUCGAGUUCAAUGAGAAGUGUAUUCAAAUUGCCAUGCAAGCAAACGAUGAAGCUGAGGAGGGACUCGCAAAGCACCGUAUAGGCAAUCUGUGGCAGAGACUCAACCAACCAAGGACAGCCAUUGAUUAUCAGCAGCAGUAUCUGGCCAUCUGCCGAUCAAACAACAACAAGAUCUCAGGACGCAGAUAUCACGACCUCAGAUAUCACAAGCGGAUAUCACGAGCAGAUAUCACGAUGCAGAUAUCACCACCUCAGAUAUCAGCACCACAGACAUCACGAGCAGAUAUCACGAUGCAGAUAACACGACCUCAGAUAUCACCACCUCAGAUAUCACGACGAGAUAUCACGAUGCAGAUAUCACGAGCAGAUAACACCACCUCAGAUAUCACGAGCAGAUAUCACGACGGAGAUAUCACCACCUCAGAUAUCACAAGCAGAUAUCACGACGGAGAUAUCACCACCUCAGAUAUCACAAGCAGAUAUCACGACCUCAGAUCAGAUAUCACGACCUCAGAUAUCACAACCUCAGCCAUCACGACCUCUGAUAUCACGACCUCAGAUAUCACGAGCAGAUAUCACGACCCCAGAUAUCACGAGCAGAUAUCACGACCUCAGAUAUCACGAGCAGAUAUCACGACUUCGGAACUUCGACUUACGCCAGGGCUGCAGAAGAUGCCAAGCGCCUACACAAGGCCUACACCCCCAAAAGCUUAAGGAACAAAAAAUUACAGCCCGA